UUUAUGUUGAUAACAUCGUCCACCUUUUGAAGUUCUGACUAAUUUACGAAAUAAAGUAAUAAUUAUUAGUAUGCCCAACUAAAGUCUCUGUACUGGAAAAAAUCUCAAAAUGGCAAGCUCUGCAGCUCCAGCAGUUGUAAAAAAAUUGGAUGAAACCGUCGUGAAUCGAAUCGCCGCCGGAGAAGUAAUUCAAAGACCAGCCAAUGCUCUGAAAGAAUUAUUGGAAAACAGCUUGGAUGCCAAAUCUACUAAUAUUCAGAUCACCGUCAAAAAUGGAGGUUUAAAGUUACUUCAGAUUCAAGAUAACGGCACUGGAAUCCGCAAAGACGAUCUGGGCAUUGUAUGCGAACGUUUCACAACUAGUAAAUUAACUCAAUUCGAGGAUCUAAAUACAAUAACCACGUUUGGAUUUCGAGGCGAAGCUUUAGCAAGUAUUAGUCACGUUGCUCAUCUUACCAUCAUAACGAAGACAGCCUCAGAUCCUUGCGCUUACAAAGCUAGUUACGAAGAUAGCAAGUUGAAAGGUCCUCCUAAAGCGUGUGCGGGUAACCAAGGUACUCAAAUUAUAGUCGAAGAUUUAUUUUAUAAUGUAGCCACUAGAAGAAAAUCAUUGAGGAGUAGUAGCGAAGAACACAUGAAAAUUGCGGAUGUUGUGAGUAAAUAUUCCAUUCACAAUCCUACGGUUGGGUUCACUCUUCGUAAACAAGGUGAAAGUUCGACCGAUGUCAGGACCAAUCCAAAUUCAACUCAUGUGGAUAAUAUUCGAUGUAUUUACGGUCUAAAUGUAGCCAAAGGAGUUGAAUUAGUUGAAGCUCAGGACGACUGCUUAAAGUUUACUCUCAAAGGAUACAUGUCCAACGCUAAUUUUCCUAUGAAGAAACAAAUUUUUCUUCUCUUUAUCAAUAAUCGUUUGGUUGACUCUCAAAACAUAAGGAAAACCUUGGAACAAGUGUAUAGUUUGUAUUUACCGAAAGGAAUGCAUCCUUUUUUAUACCUUAGUCUAUCGUUGGAUCCUCGUAAUGUCGACGUGAACGUUCAUCCUACCAAACACGAGGUUCAUUUUUUACACGAAGAUGUGAUCAUUGAUAAAAUAAAAAUCGCCAUCGAAGCCAAACUUACCGGAUGUAAUACGUCUAGAAUAUUUUACACUCAGACCAAAUUACCCGGAGAAGUGAAACCUGCUACGGAAUCUGCUCCUAAAACGGAAAAAACUGCUUCGGAAACAGCUCCUGCUCCUAAUUAUACAGUUCGUAAUGAUCCAGGAACUCAAAAAAUUGAUAAAUUUUUCAGCCCUAAUGCUCCUCCACCUCCUGCCAUUACGAAUCCUAAUAUCAGUAUUUCUAUCGAGACUAAGAGAGACAUCAAGCUUACCAGCGUAGUAAACUUGAAAAAAGAAAUCGAAUCUAAUGUCGAUGAAAAGCUCAAAGAUAUUUUACGUAAUUUCUCUUACGUUGGCGCUGUGAAUAAAAUCUGGUGUGUGAUUCAGCAUCAAACGGAGUUGUACAUUUGUAAUAAUGCUUUGAUAUUCGAAGAAAUGUUUUACCAAAUGAUGAUCUCGAAUUUUGGCAAUUUUCACGUCAUAAAAUUCUCAACUCCUUUAUAUCUCCCAGAACUGAUAUCAAUAGCUAUGGAAGAAGUGGAAGGCAGCGACGAAGAAAAAGCUCAAAUUGCUAAAGCUGCAGCUGACGUUAUCGAUUCCAAGAAACUCAUGCUGAAUGAUUAUUUUGCGACGGAAAUCGAUGAAAAUGAGAAUCUCUUAUCAAUUCCUUUAUUAUUAGACAAUUAUACCCCGAGUGUGGCCGGAUUACCUUCUUAUGCGUUAACUUUAGCUACCGAGGUCAAUUGGGAAGAGGAGUUGCCUUGUUUUAAGACAUUCUGCGAGCAGACUGCUUCUUUCUACGCUUACGGUUGGAAGAAAGAGAACGUUCCAGAUGAUGAAGACCUUACGGAUGGCGAAUGUUUAAAAUGGACAUGGACCCUGGAACACGUUUUGUACCCAGCGAUUAAAAAACAUCUGCUACCGAGCAAGAAACUCUUCAAUGAUCGAGCAGUUCUACAAAUCGCCAGUUUACCUCAAUUGUAUAAAGUAUUCGAAAGAUGUUGAACUAGUUUUUAUUUUAUUAUUUUUACUCAGUCAUACUUGUUUGUAUUUUUAUAAUUUGCUCGGUGUCUGUUUCAAAUUGAAUGAUCUUUGUUUUUUAUUUUAUUUUUUUAGAAUUACAUCAGUAUUUUUUUCUUA